AUGGCAGAAGAAACCCAGUCUCCAGACAUUUCUGCUCUCGUUGCCACCAUGCAAAAUCUUUCAAAUGAAGUCACGAAGCUAAAGGGCGAAUCCGAAGUUAGAAAGUUGCACCACAAGUAUGGCUACUACCUGGACAAAUGUCUCUAUAAAGAGGUAGUUGACCUUUUCGCGAACCACCCAGACACAUACGUCCAGUUCCUCAACGGCCGCUUCAACGGCAAAGAAGGCGUCCACCGCCUCUACAUUGAGCGAUUCGCAAAUCGAUUCGUCGGCGGCCGCAACGGCCCAAUAGAAGGCUGGCUGUUAGACCACUUGAUGGCUCAAGACAUAGUGGACUUCAGUCCCGAAGCCGGACGCGCAAAAGCCCGUAUCCGCGCAUUUAUGAGUGCGGGAACCCACGAAGCCCUGCCAUCCGAGUUCCCAGGUGGUUAUCGCCAGUGGUGGGAAGGAGGACUGUACGAGAAUGAAUACAUUCUCCAAGAUGGGGUUUGGAAAAUACUGCGGUUGCGCUACUACCCUUUCUGGCAUGGUUCCUUUGAGUCUGGGUGGAAGGGAUCUAAAGAUUUUGUUCCCCUGUUUAAGGAGAUGUUUCCUGCGGAUAAGCUUGGUCCUGAUAUUAUACUUCAAGAUGGGGGGCUUUGGCCUGAUACUCGGGUCAUUCCUUUCCACUACAAACACCCUGUGACCGGAGAGGAGGUCGAGGAGGGGGGAUAUGCGGGCUCCGAGGUGGCUUGCGGAGGCUAG